UAUUUUAGGAAAUUUAGAUUUGUAUUCUUCUCAGGUCAUAACACUGGGAAAUUAGCCAGCAUGUCUCACCUUUGUCUCUGAAGGCAGCAUAGAAACUGGAUGUAGAAGCAUUUGAGAAGGAAAUACUGGCUAGAUCCCACAAUGGAAGACGGGAAGCCCGUUUGGGCUCCACACCCAACUGAUGGGUUUCAGAUGGGGAUGAUUGUGGACAUUGGCCCUGACAACUUAACUAUUGAGCCUUUGAACCAGAAAGGCAAGACUUUCCAGGCUGCUAUCAAUCAAGUGUUUCCUGCAGAGGAGGAUAGCAAAAAGGAUGUGGAAGAUAAUUGUUCCCUGAUGUAUUUAAAUGAAGCCACUCUCCUUCACAAUAUCAAAGUUCGGUACAGUAAAGACAGAAUUUACACCUAUGUAGCCAACAUUCUUAUUGCAGUGAAUCCAUACUUUGAUAUACCUAAGUUUUAUUCUUCAGAGACUAUUAAAAAGUACCAGGGUAGAUCGCUGGGAACAUUGCCACCACAUGUUUUUGCAAUUGCUGAUAAAGCAUUUCGUGACAUGAAAGUGCUUAAGAUGAGUCAAUCCAUCAUAGUCUCUGGAGAAUCAGGAGCUGGCAAGACAGAAAACACUAAAUUUGUUUUGAGGUAUUUGACAGAAUCCUAUGGCAGUGGCCAAGAUAUUGAUGAUAGAAUUGUAGAAGCAAAUCCCCUAUUAGAAGCAUUUGGAAAUGCAAAGACUGUUCGCAACAACAACAGCAGUCGUUUUGGGAAAUUUGUUGAAAUUCACUUCAAUGAAAAGAACUCGGUGGUUGGUGGAUUUGUGUCACACUACCUUCUGGAGAAAUCUAGGAUCUGUGUGCAAGGCAAAGAAGAGAGGAAUUAUCAUAUCUUUUACAGGCUUUGUGCUGGUGCUCCAGAAGAUAUUAGGGAAAAGCUGUAUCUAAGCUCUCCUGACAACUUCAGGUAUUUAAAUCGAGGCUGUACCAGAUUCUUCGCUAACAAAGAAACAGACAAGCAGAUUUUGCAAAAUCGCAAGAGUCCUGAGUAUCUUAAAGAAGGUUCCUUGAAGGAUCCACUGUUAGAUGAUCAUGGAGAUUUCAACAGAAUGUGCACAGCAAUGAAAAAGAUUGGACUAGAUGAUGAAGAAAAACUUGACCUUUUUAGAGUAGUGGCUGGUGUCCUUCACCUUGGAAAUAUCGAUUUUGAGGAAGCUGGGAGUACUUCAGGGGGCUGCACGCCGCGCGCGCGGAGCCAGGCGGCGCUGGAGCGCUGCGCCGCGCUGCUGGGCCUGGACCAGGACGACCUGCGCGGGAGCCUCACCUCGCGCGUCAUGCUCACCACGGCAGGGGGCGCCAAGGGCACCGUCAUCAAGGUACCCUUGAAAGUGGAACAAGCAAACAAUGCUCGUGAUGCCUUGGCUAAAACUGUGUAUAGUCAUCUGUUUGAUCAUGUAGUGAAAAGGGUAAACCAGUGUUUUCCAUUUGAAACUUCUUCUUUCUUCAUUGGAGUUCUAGAUAUAGCUGGUUUUGAGUACUUUGAACACAACAGUUUUGAACAAUUCUGCAUAAACUACUGUAAUGAAAAACUGCAACAAUUUUUUAACGAAAGAAUUCUGAAAGAGGAACAAGAACUUUACCAGAAAGAAGGCUUGGGGGUUAAUGAAGUUCGUUAUGUAGAUAAUCAGGACUGUAUAGAUUUGAUUGAAGCAAAAUUAGUAGGUGUACUGGAUAUUUUGGAUGAAGAAAAUCGUCUUCCCCAACCAAGUGACCAGCAUUUUACUUCAGUUGUGCAUCAAAAACACAAGGACCAUUUCAGGCUCUCGAUUCCUAGAAAGUCUAAAUUGGCUGUUCACAGAAAUAUCAGAGAUGAUGAAGGCUUUAUUAUCCGACACUUUGCAGGAGCAGUAUGCUACGAGACGAUGCAAUUUGUGGAAAAAAACAAUGAUGCUUUGCACAUGUCCCUUCAAUCUCUUAUAUGUGAAUCCAAGGAUAAGUUUGUUCGACAGUUGUUUGAAGCCAACACUAACAAUAACAAGGAUCCCAAACAAAAAGCUGGGAAACUCAGUUUCAUCAGUGUGGGUAACAAAUUCAAGACUCAGUUAAAUUUGCUUCUUGAGAAGCUUCAUAGUACUGGGUCGAGCUUUAUUCGCUGUAUCAAACCUAAUCUCAAGAUGACAAGUCACCAUUUUGAAGGAGGACAGAUCCUCUCUCAGCUUCAGUGUUCAGGGAUGGUGUCAGUUCUGGAUUUGAUGCAAGGUGGUUUCCCGUCACGAGCUUCAUUUCAUGAACUAUACAAUAUGUACAAGAAAUACUUGCCUGAAAAAUUGGCUCGACUGGACCCUAGACUCUUUUGCAAAGCCCUAUUUAAAGCCCUGGGACUGAAUGAAAAUGAUUACAAAUUUGGGCUAACCAAGGUGUUUUUUAGACCUGGCAAGUUUGCAGAGUUUGAUCAGAUAAUGAAGUCUGAUCCGGAUCACUUAGCAGAGCUGGUUAAACGAGUGAAUCGCUGGCUUAUCUGCAGUCGUUGGAAAAAAGUUCAAUGGUGUUCUCUCUCGGUGAUUAAAUUGAAAAAUAAGAUAAAAUAUCGAGCCAGUGCCUGCAUUAAAAUACAAAAGACUAUUCGUAUGUGGCUUUGCAAGAGAAAGCACAAACCACGCAUUGAUGGGCUGAUAAAAGUACGUACACUGAAGAAGAGACUUGAUAAAUUUAAUGAAGUAGUAAGUGCUCUGAAGGAGGGGAAGGCAGAGACAAGCAAGCAGGUCAAGGAGCUGGAGGAUUCUAUUGAUGCUUUAAUGACCAAAAUUAAGACCACUAUAAUGACUAGAGAGCAGAUACAGAAAGAAUAUGAUGCUUUAGUAAAAAGCUCAGAGCAGCUUCUGAGUGCACUGCAAAAGAAGAAGCAGCAAGAGGAUGAAGCAGAGAGGCUACGACGGAUCCAGGAGGAAAUGGAAAAAGAAAGAAAGAGACGUGAGGAGGAAGACCAAAAACGAAGGAAGGAAGAAGAGGAAAGACGUCUGAAAUCUGAGAUUGAAGCAAAGAGAAAACAAGAAGAGGAAGAGAGAAAAAAGAGGGAAGAGGAAGAAAAGCAUAUUCAGGCUGAAAUUGAGGCUCAACUAGCUAGAGAACGAGAGGAGGAAACCCAGCACCAGGCAGUGCUUGAACAGGAGCGUCGUGACCAUGAGCUUGCAAUGAGAAUUGCCCAGAGCGAGGCAGAACUCAUCAGUGAUGAAGCUCAGCUUGAUUUGGGUCUGCGCAGAGCCAAUGGAACAAAGCCACAAAUGACUGCGGAACAAAUGGCCACAGAAAUGUCAGAAAUAUUGUCUAGGGGUCCUGCAGUGCAAGCCACAAAAGCUGCUGCUGGUACUAAGAAGCAUGAUCUCAGUAAGUGGAAAUAUGCAGAGCUUCGUGAUACAAUCAACACAUCCUGUGAUAUUGAACUCUUGGCAGCUUGCAGAGAAGAGUUCCACCGAAGGCUAAAGGUGUAUCACGCUUGGAAGUCCAAGAAUAAGAAACGCAAUGCAGAAACAGAGCAACGUGCUCCCAAAUCAGUCACAGACUAUGCACAACAAAACCCAGCAGCCCAGCUACCAGGCAGACAACAAGAGAUUGAAAUAAACCGGCAGCAGCGCUAUUUCCGCAUUCCCUUCAUCCGCCCCGCGGACCAGUACAAAGACCCCCAGAACAAGAAGAAGGGCUGGUGGUAUGCUCACUUCGAUGGGCCCUGGAUUGCUCGGCAAAUGGAGCUGCACCCCGACAAGGCACCCAUUCUGCUUGUAGCGGGUAAGGAUGAUAUGGAUAUGUGUGAGCUUAAUCUUGAAGAGACUGGCUUAACCCGAAAGCGAGGUGCUGAAAUUUUACCGAGACAGUUUGAAGAAAUUUGGGAGCGCUGUGGAGGCAUCCAGUAUCUCCAAAACGCAAUUGCAAGCAGACAAGCUCGCCCUACCUACGCCACGGCGAUGCUGCAGAACCUGUUGAAAUAACUGGGCAUUGGGCACGGGAGCGUCUGAGACGAGAACCUUGCCCCUGAUACAAAGGGAAGAGUUCCUCUGUGCUGCAGAGGGCCUAAACGUUCUAUAAUCAGAGUAGAGAUGUUUAAUAUAAAGUGAACAGAUUUUAUUAAUCAUGUGGUUUGUUAAUUUGUACUUCAUGAUGUUUAAUUUGUGUAGUGAACUUUAACUAGGUAUGAGGACCCUGAAGAAACUUCAGUCAGUGUAGUUUGCUGCAUUUUGUUUAUAUGUUGCAUUUUCUUUAACAGUUUCUGGUAUAACUUAACACUUUUAAGAAAUCUGUCUGUACUUGGAUACAUAUUGCAAAGAGCUGCACUGCAACCACCUUUUUAUAAGAUUCCUUCUUUAAAACACUGAGUAGUUGGCUUCAAGUGGUGGCCUAGUAAGGAGAAUAUGCUAUUUCUAAUAACUGGAAUUGUGAGGCCUUAGCUUUGACUUCUGUUACGGAGAAGUUGGAGUAUACUUUUAUAUAAUCUGAGACAUUUUAUGUCCUGAUUAGCAAACUGGUUACUGUCUGUAUUUAAUGAUUUUUGUUUUUCCAGAACCUGAUGAGAAAUCCUCCUAAACUUGAGACCUAGAAACUCCUGUUUAAUGCAUUCUCUGUCUUGGUUUAAGAGAAACGGUUUUCUGUACAUUCCAAAAAAAGCAUUCAUAUACGUUAAAAUAGUGUAAUAUUGGAGGUCCUCAAAGAAUGUACUGCUCUUUAGGGCUUAUACCACUUCUCUUGUAGAUUUUUUUUUUUUCUCUCUCUCUUUUUAGUACAAAUCUGCUUUAUACUUUUUUUUUUCUGACCACAUUUCUGUUAGCAAUACUUGGACAGUUUGUUUAGCCAGGUAGUGUAAUUUCAAUAUAUUACACAAAAUUGUCCAAGCCUUGUAUCUGAAGAUAUAUAAGAUUAGGGAUAGUAUUAAGGGAAGUAUGUUCAGCUUUUUGCUGGCAGUAUAACUUAACUGAUUAUUGAGGCCUGAGCCUCAGAAAUCCUCUUUAACUGUAAUAAGAUACACAAAGUCUGUACCUUUUGUUAGACUGUGUAAAAAAUUGGUCCAAUAACAUAAUGCCUUGUAAUACUAUGUGCUGAUGCAGUAGCUACAGUUUUUAGUGUACUGGAAUAUCGUAAUGAUUUGGAUGCUGAGCUGUAUAUUAAUCUCUGUCAAGUGUCAUAGCUUGUAAUAGUUCCCUUAUUAAGCAGUUUGUUUGGGGAGUUUUUGUGGGUGGGAAUCAUUCAUUUCAUACGGUUUUAAGACACAUCUCUUUCACUUAUUUGAAGAUUGCUUUACCUUGCUGGCCAUUAUUUCAAGAAAUUAAACAUGAUCAUUUGUUAUCUCUCUGAUAGAAAUUCAAAAUAUAAGUAGCUUGAUGUCCAAUUACAUAGCCUGACUUAAAAAUACCCUUUUUAAUUGACAAUUUGCUUAUAGUAUAAAAUACUGGAAACAUUAGUUUUUAAAUACAUAAAUAUACUUAAUUUUCAAGAGGGGUGGUUCUGUAGUACAGAGAAAGCUCCUUGCUGACCUUAGAUUGUGGUUGCGUGCCACAGUCUGAUUGCUGUUAUAAAUGCACUCCUUACGGGAAUAAUGUGGAGAUACUCAAGUGAUAUUUAACUCUCUACAUACCCACUGCAUCAAGGAAUCUCAGCUUCUACUGCAGACCCACUCUACUUCCUGGUCAUGUGAUUGCAAAUGAGGAAAUUGUUUUCAUUUUACCCAAAUUCUUCACUGAAACAGUCCUUUUUGGCUGGAAGAUGAAAGGAGAAGUGCAUCAGACUGUUUGUUGGAAAGUCGUAUGCAAACCUGUACAGUUUUGCAUGAGUUUAAAGGUGCAGCUUAUGAAAUUUAGAUUACUUUUUUAAUAUGUUACUGCAUUGGAACCAAAAGGUGACAAUUUCCAGUUCCUGGACACUUAGCACUGCAAGAAGCUGUGCUCGCUCAGGUGAUCCAAGGAAGAAAAAUCACUGACCUGACCUGUUUGUUUCUGUCGGGGUUUAGCUGCUUGGCUUGACACAUUCCAUCUCAGUGUUUAUGUCUUUACAAAUCCAUGGAUCUUAGGAGACUGAAUACAGUAAGCAAAGAACCUCAAAUGCUUACUUGUGCGUGUAGGUAUGCACACAUAUAUGUACUUAAAUAUUUUAGUAUAUAUGUGUGUAAACAUACCUGUAGAGAACUUUAAAUGAAAUUAACUGAAUUUUUCCACUCUGUUCCUUUAGUUAUGUCAGGAUUUCCUUGACUGGCAUUGGAAAGAAAAUUUAUUCUUCAGAAUGGAGUGUAAUGACUAAAUGACUAAUAAAUAUGAGCUAUCAUGAAAAUAAAAUGGACUUGGAAAUAUUGGAAGAAGGUCUGGUGGCUGGACAUCUCAAAUGAGAUGUUUCCACCUCUCAGCAUUGCUCCAGAAGUAUGCCUGAGGGAAGCAGAUGGAUUCCAGAAAUCAGGGUAUUCUAGUUUGCACAGUAGCAGGCUGCUUUUUUUUCCAGCUUCUUUUUCACUGCACGAAAAGCAGCUUCUGCUCUUAGUUUUACUUAACUUUUUGUGAAACAAAUUAAUUUUCAGUUUGUUUCAGAUUAGUUUAUUUUUUUUUACGUCUGACAAUAUUUAACUGCUUACCAAUUAUUUCCAUGGUCCCUUGUACUGUGUCAGGUAAUUAUAGUUGGUUGAUUUGAAGAGGAAAUAUAAAAGGAGGGGAAAGGGUUGAUCUUUAGGAUAAGCUGAUGCCCUUCUGGUCUACAAUUAUAGAGAAAAUUAUAAUCAGGCUUUUAAAGCGCAGUGGCUUGGUUCUCUGUGUGUUUCAUUAAAAAAAAAUAAAUUCUUCCUACCUGUCAGUGAAGCUGUUCUUUAUAGUUGAAAUCUGCCUAAAAUGCUCCACAAAACAAAGGAGAGGAAGAGAAUCACCACACUAAGCUGCAUUCCUGAGUAAGUGACCCAGGAAUAGGCAUUUUCUUGAGAAUGCUACUCUGAAGAUCCUAAGGUCAUUCAGUACUUGUCUUUUAUCCCCUGAUAAGUUUGUGUUUUUCUUUACCUUGUUGAAUCCUCUGGGUUUUCUCAAAAAUCUUUUAGUAUUUAAAUGACCUCCUAAUACUGUACUGAAAAUCAAAAAUUAAAAAUAAACACAUUCCAUGUUGAAAUCUUA